GAUGGAUUUGAUGCGGACACAGCAGUGUGGUGCUGUGAAUGUGGAGAUGGACUAUUCUUCCUCAGUGGACAUGAGCAAGGUGCUGGAGGAGAUGAGUACCAGAUCCUCCUGGACAUCAAGAUUAGGCUGGAGAUGGAGAUCGCUGAGUACAGGAGGCUGUUGGAUGGAGAGGGACUCAGGUGAGAGGGGUUAAUGGAGGGGCAGGAAAGAGAGGGAGGGGGAUUGGGAUGGGGGGAUAGCGAGUUGGGGGAAUGGAAAGAGCGGAGAGUGUAGAGGGAGGAUGGAGAUUGAGCAAGUUGUAGUAAUUGGGGGUUGGCGAAGAGAGGAGGGAGGAGGGAAUGCAGGAUGAGAGUGGAGGGAGGGUAGAGAAAGGGAGAAAGGAAAGACAGAAGUAGAGAGAGGGAGCGGUUAGUGGAAGAGAGAGGGGGGACAGAGACCAUAAAUAUAUACUGGUGUUAGAAAAAUACACAGUUGGUUGGCAUGGUGUACUACAGUACCCACAAUGCUCUGUGUAAACUGUCCCGUCUCCUUCUCAAUACAGGUACAGUGCAGUGGGUUCAGUGAAUGACAUCUGUUUAUUAGCACCUCAUUGCAAACUAGAAGAUCAAGAUGUGUGUUGGUGAGUUUAGCUGUCCGUAAGCUGUCCCUGUGUAUCUACCAGUAGGCAUGUGGAGACCCGACAGGAGGUCAGGAAAGUGAUCAUGGUUGAGAAGGUCCAGGAAGUACAACACGUCCAGGAAGUGGUGGAAGGUGAGCAAGCAGGAGAAUAAUUAAUCAAAUGAAUGAAUCAGUGAAAUAAUCAAGUGUUGUUACCCAUCAUACGCACAAUUAAUUAAUUAAUUAAUUCCUGUUUUGUGGCUCUUUCCACAGAGUACAACCCACACAUGCAGAAGCGUGUGAGGGUGAUCGUGGAGGAGAUGGUGGAUGGGAAGGUGGUGUCCACCUCAGUUGAUGAGAAGGUCCAGGAUAUAAAC